AUGCCUACACCAAAAGAAAACUGGGGUAAGAUUUUCGGCAACAGAUUAAUAUUCGAACAUAAACAACUUCAAUUUGCAAUUCAUGAACCUACAGUUCAACACAAUAUCGAAAUACUAAAUGCUAAACAAAAGGCGGCGUAUCAUGCAAUAACAAAGUCUGUGAAUGACAGAGAUGGUAAGCUAUUUUUCCUGAAUGGUUGUGAAGGAACAGGAAAGACAUUCCUAUAUAAUACAAUAGCAACAAGCUGUCGAUUAAAUGGAUAUAUAGUAGUAACUGUUGCCUCAUCAGGCAUUGCGUCACUACUAUUGGCAGGUGGGCGAACUGCACAUUCAACGUUUAAAAUUCCACCGGAGAUAAAUGAAAUCAACGUGUGUUCUAUUUCAAAACAAAAGGAAGAAGCUAAAUUUUUUAAGAAAGUAAAGUUGAUUAUAUGGGACGAAGUGCCGAUGCAACAUAAAUUUUGUAUGGAAGCAGUUGAUAGGACACUCAAAGAUGUAUUUGAGAACAAUUUAGCCUUUGGAGGUAUAACAGUUUUUAUGGGAGGAGAUUUCCGGCAAACUUUACCAAUUGUACCAAAUGGAGGACGUGAAGAAGUUCUUGGAGCAUGUGUACAAAAAUCAUCGCUAUGGGACAAUAUGACGGUGCUGACGCUUGACCAGAAUAAGCGCCUUGAUCAAUGUCAGCCGGAAAACAUAGAUUUCGCUAAGUUCUUGCUCGAGGUUGGGACAAAGCAAGAAGAAAAAGUGGUACUGCCAUCAUCGGUGAAUAGAUGCGGAAACAUAAAAGAGCUGAUAUCCAAAUUGUAUCCAUGUUUGGGAACAUCUCAACAAGUAUCGCCCGAACAACUAACUGAGAGAAUCAUUCUCUCAGUUAGAAAUGAUGAUCUUUACAAGAUUAACAUGGAAGCACUGAAUAUUUUGAAGGGGAAGACAUUCACAUACUUAGCUGCUGAUAAAUUAAAUCCAGAUGAAAGCGGAAGAAUUCCAGAUUAUUCUAAUGAAAAUCUUCAAAAUCUAUACCGACCAGGGAUGCCUCCAUUCAAGUUAGAUCUAAAAGUUGGUUGUCCAGUUAUUUUGAUGAGAAAUCUCGCCCCUUCAGAGGGACUUUGCAACGGUACCAGGCUACUGGUUGCCAAAUGCCGUAAACAUGUGAUCCAGGGAAUAAUUUUAACCGGAGACAAAGCAGGUGAAAAGGUGUUGCUACCAAGAAUUUCAUUUAAACCAUCGGCGUCAGAAUUAAACGUAAACAUGACAAGGCGUCAGUUUCCAGUACGAGUGGCUUAUGCGAUGACAAUCAAUAAAUCUCAAGGACAAUCUGUAAAUGGUGAGCAGAUGAAUACACAAGAAGAUCUAUCAAACCCAGGAUAUGAAGCUGCAUGUGGUGAUCAGCUAUGUUCUAAACUCUUUACUGUCAUAUUCUCUUUGGAAAGCGGUGGUGGUGAUAAACUUUUGUAG